CGUGUAUCGUCCUAUGAACGUAGGGAUGUAAUUGAUUACCGAAAUGAUUCUUCAAUUGAUACAAUUUUACAAUAACGACAACGACUAAGAGCAAUCGAUUUGUGAGAUUUGUCAUGUUAAGCUUUACGGAAGAGUUGCUAGCAGUGCCAUUUCAAUCCAUGCCGUGAUACUCAUUCUCGCUCAACGUACUAUACUAGAGCAUCGUAAGACCGUGUUAAGCAUCGAAUCUGUCAAUAUACUGCUACAGUACUUCAAUACGAAGAUAACUAUUUAACAUGUUGUCAACUAGCUCUGUUGUCAUUGCUUUAGUGGGUGUGUUGUUCGCGACUUGGGUGAGGGAGAGAAUAUCAUCAAGAAGACGAUUCAAGGGGCUACCACGAGUUGGGAUCGACCCAGGUUUAUUCGGUCUACGACUGCAAGCUGCUAAAGAUGAAUUUUAUGCUCGCGGACAGCAGUUACUAGAGGAAGGCUAUGAACAGCACAAAGAUACUCCAUACCUCAUCCAAACAUGUGACAACGAGCGUCUCGUAGUCCCGGAUAAGUUUAUCGAGGAGUUGAAGAACCUGCCGGACAACCGUAUUAGCUUCAAGGAAGAGCUCCUGGAUCGGUUUAUGGGAAAAUACACCAAGCUUAAUGCCGUCCGAGGAACGAAUAUCCAUCGCGAUAUCGUGAGGCAUCAAUUGACCAAGAACAUAGGAAGUUUGUUGCCGCAGAUGAAAGAAGAAGCAGAUCUAGCUCUGAAAAAUGUUCUCAGUCAGUGCAAUUCAAAAGAUUUCACUGCCGUCAAAGCAUCUUCUAUUAUCUUUGCCGCAAUCGGCCAAAUCACCUCCCGCAGGGUCAUUGACGACCCCGCCAUAUCGCAAGACCCAGUAUGGCUCGAGACUAUCAUGGGCUUCACUGCAUCCGUAGCCAUCUUCUCCAUGACCAUGAGGCGUAUCUCACCCACCCUACGUCCCAUAGCACAGUACACUCUGCAAUGCGGCCGGAAACUUCGUGCCGAUAUUGCUCAUGUGACGAAACUCCUGGCUCCUGUGAUUCAAUCCCGGCAGCAGCAUGUCAGUGAGAAGAAGGGGGCCAAGUCCGAUGAUCAACCAAAAGAUUUCGUACGCUGGCUCUCUGAGGCCGCUGAAGGCGAAGACGCCCGACCCGACGCUAUCGCCUUGAAAAUCCUCUUCCUUAUUGUCUCUUCAAUGCACACAAGCGCCAUCACCACAAUUCAUAUCCUGUACGACAUUUGCACUCACCCAGGGUUUAUGGAAGAGCUACGUGCUGAGGCACUCGAGGAGAUUGGGGCUAAUGGCUGGACCGAAACUUCGCUGCUGAGGCUGCGUAAGAUGGAGAGCUUUUUUAAGGAAAGCGGCCGCACCAACUCUGCCGGUGUGGUCUCAUUCCAGCGUCUCGUAUUGGCACCAAUCACCCUGUCUAACGGAUUCACUAUCCCGGCGGGCACUCACAUCUGCGCCGCUUCCGAUGCUCGUUCGCGCGACCCUGCGCUAUAUGAGGCACCUCUCGAGUUCCGGCCGCUCCGAUUCUACGCGCCGUCUACUGAAGCCGGCACAGACAUCGAUACGGCGAACCUGUUCAGUUCUGUAGCAGCCGGCGACUCGUGGUUUGGAGCGGGGCGGCAGGCUUGUCCGGGGCGAUGGUAUGCGAGUGCGCAGAUCAAACUCGUACUAUGCUUGCUAUUAAUUGACUAUGAAUUCGGGUUUCCGGAAGGACAGAAGGAGAGACCAAAGAAUUGGGUUAAAGACGAGAAGACGGGGCCGGAUAUGGAACAGAUGAUCUGGGUCAGACGGAGGACGACUACUUGAAGCGGUAGAAAUAUCAUUAUUGUUGGAAUAUGAAGAGUUAUUGGAAUCAUGACCACUCUGAACUUGUUCGCUUUCACUAUUCAUCUGAUUGCAAACGAAUAAAAUGGUGGUAGAAAAUGUAAGAUCAAUAUUGGAAGAAGAAAGUAAGAU